AUGGUUCAGUUCUCCUUCGCCGCUCUUACCGCUAUCGUCGGUGUUCUCGCCCAUACCGCCGUUGCCGCUCCUUCAGACAAGCGUGCCGCCAGCUGCUCGUUCCCCAACCCAUCUGCGUCGACCAACGUCAAGUUCUCUGCUCCGCGCAGAGUCAAGGCCGGCGAAACCUUCGAUGGUAAAAACCUUCGUUAUGGCCGCGGAAUAAAUUGCGCUGCUGCUCCGGAAGUCGACUCCCUAAGCCCUGUCUUCAUUCUUGAAUCCGGCGCAAGCAUCGCAAAUGCCGUUAUUGGUGCGGACCAGCAAAUAGGUAUUCAAUGCUUGGGCCCUUGCACGAUCCGCAACGUAUGGUUCGAAGAAGUUUGCGAAGAAGCUAUCAUUCUCCGCCAGAGCUCUGGCAAAACCACCAUCACCGGCGGAGGCGCGAAGAGUGCUCCUGACGUUGUUGUAAGGCACAACGGUGCAGGUGUUGUUGACAUCGACUCGUACUGCGUCCAGGACUUCGGCAGGCUCUACCGCUCGUGCGGCAACUGCUCCACUCAGGUCAAGCGUGAGGUCACGAUCAGCAACGUAAUCGCUCGCAACGGCAAGCUUAUUGCAGGGGUGAACUCGAACUAUGGAGAUGUGGCUACGAUCGACACGAAGACGAACGCGUACACGAGUGUGACGUCUGUAUGCGACACCUUCCGGGGUACUAACAAUGGAAACGAGCCGGUUAGGCUGACUCAGAAUCAGUCCAAUGCCAAGUCAGUAUUAUGUCUACGUUUAUCUGCUUAG